AUGCCCCAGAGCACUAAGCUGACAUACCAGACCGCCCAAAGGGAGUAUGCUCGCGUGAAGGAGCAGGAGACGAUGGCGCAGAAGGAAGCCAGUCCGAACCUUCAACUCGACCGUGAACAGAGACGGAAGUUACGGCAACUGAACAAGCUUCUGAAAGACCAGAAAAGUCCAAAAGCCCGAAUCCCCAUCCAUUCUGACGUCGAAGGCUAUGAAAAAAGAGGAGAGAAGGAGAAGGAGGAGAAGAAGUUGAGUUCGAGAAAAAGGGGAAACGCCGGCGCUUUGUGGUACGACGCGGAGCCGGCAGACGAGGUUCCACAUGUGUCCAAACCGGUCGGGGAGGAAGACGUUCAGCCAGACACCAAAACUCCUACAUCGUCAGAGAGUCAACCGCCCCACGUCCAUGGUACGGUGUGCAAACUCCUCUCCUGGGUAGGUCUGGGAGAUUAUACUGCGGAGGACAAAGCUCCACAGUCAGGGGACCCAGAGAAAGCAGGCGAGGCCGAGCCGAAAACGCUGCCAUCUGGCCAAGGGACAUCCAGCGGAGAGGUAACUCAGGCAGCAGAGUCCGCAAUGAUAGAAGAUCUCCAAAAAAGGAUCAAAUCACUUCUGGCGAAGAAGCAUGAUAAGGCUUUAGAGAGAAGUCUGGAGGAUCUAGACGUCAUUCCUCCCCGGAAACGACUAGAAUUUCUGCAGAAAGCUCUGAAUAGACUGGAGCCUCCCGAAAGCGGUAAGGAUUAUUCUUCCUCUGAAGACGGCGAGGAGAGGCGGUGCAUUUCCAAAGGGCUUCUCGACAUGGCAAGGAAAAACGGCAGCAACAUAUGUGACCACCCUUCAGGUGAAAAUUCGCCGGAGUCUGAUAUAGAAAGCAUCUUCGAACGGGAGGAGGAUGAGGCAUCCACAAGCCCAGACAAGUUCCUCCGGAGCAGAUCCGAAACCUCGAGCUCCUCUGACAGCGAAACGGCCGAGCCCAGAAAACGAGUGCCGACCACGCAUCCGUGUACGCCGCCACAUAAGACCGCACUCAGGAGAAGGCGACAACUCUCUAGCGAUAAAAACGAUCACCGAAAUUCCGCUCAAGUAGAUGUGUGCGCUUGCGGUGACUGCCCCUGUGGAGGUUGCUCAACGUGCUCUGGAAAUGGCGGGUCACGCUCACGUGAAUGCUCCAAUCACAGCUGUGUGAGAAGGCGCCGGGAUGGGAUCAGGUCUAACACGUCAAGCCCAUCCUCACCAUCGAGGUCAACAUGGUGCAAGAACAUGCAGUCGAAUUUGAAUUAUGAGCUAAAAAACAUUUUUUGCAGAGGAUGCAAAAAAGAGAAGGAGGACAAGGCGAGUGCUAAAGUUCGUCCCCAAAAAAACCUGACUUGGCGGGAAAAGUCGUGCCCAGACCUGUCGUAUGAGCACACGUGUGGGGCGAAGGGGGAUUUGGAGGCGGCAAAGCUGGACCGCAAUGGCAAGGUAAUUAUGGGUUGCUCGAGACUUCAAGAGGAUCGGCGUGUACUUCUGGUGUCCCCCUGGGCACUCGAUGUGGUUCUGCCGAGCACAGACAAGUCCCAGAGGUGCCGAUGUCCUGAACGUUGCUAUCACGUCUGCACUUGUCACACGAAGUACGCCGGCACGCAACAUUCAAGCCAUGACAGAUCUCAUGAAAAACAUGUCAGAAGGACGCCCGAUGGCAGGACAAAUAAACCCUGCAGGCAUGACGCCUCGAAGCAUCCAAAGAGCAAAAAGAAGGCCCGGACAACAGGUCUGGAUGAGACAGCACUAAAGAGACUGAGGGACCUCCUUCACGAAUACACAUACCGUGACAAGAAUGUUGGAGCCUCCAGUUCCGCUGGAGAUGACAGCGACAGUGAGGAAGAGAGGAGAAAAAAGACGAUAGAGGAGAACUCACAUGGCACGGACGCUCCGGCCUUCAGUAGUUCAGCAGUGGACAAGCGGCUGUCUGCCAUUCAGAACCUCUACCAGGAAAAGGCACCCUUGGCAUUCGACGAGACCUACAUGCAGGUGGAGCACACGCAUGAGAGCUCCGAUGAAGACGCGAAAAAGGAGCGCAGAAAGAAACGCCCAACUGAGGAUGAGGCAGUCCAAUGUUCGGCACGUUCCUCGAGACGAAACUCCAGCAGCUUGGAUGAGAACACUCUGAAGAAGAUGAGGGACAUUUUGAGGGAAACCAGUCAGUUUAGCAGUCAGGGCAGCAGCAGCAGCUGCAGUAGCCGCUGUAGUAGCAUUGGCAGUAGCUGCAGUCGUUGUUGUCGGCACAGUUGCAGCGGAGAGCGAAAGACGAGGUUGAAGAAGACUAAAAAGGAGGUGAAACAGAAGGAGCAUCGCGAAGGAGGGCGCGAUGACUCCGCCUCAUCAUCAGCCUCGGAGGCCUGUCGAAUAGGCGCCUUCUGGAGAAAGCGGUUUGGACGUUCUCGAACGCCCAAAUGUCCGCCCUGCCCGAGCAGUUGUCAGCGCUCCAAGGAGACUCCAUGCAAGCAAUGCGGCAAGACCCAGCGAUCCUCAGCCUGUCGAGGACGGCAUCACUUUCGGCGCUCGGAGCUCCACGAGCUGGCUCAAUUCAUGAGGGACCAUGGUGUCACCGGCCCGCCGUCCAGGAGUGUGGAGUUCAGCGGUCACGAUUACGAUCGGCUGCUGCGGAGGGGCCCCCUGCAUGGAGGCACUCAACAAGUUGCCUACUGCCAGUACUGUCGGUCGCAGUCAUCUCUCAACCGAAUUCCAGCUCAGUGGCAACUGCGUGACGGGGAGCUGGUGCAUUCCCGCAGCUUGGCCAGCCUACCCACCAACGCCUACGUGAAGGUGGAAUUGGGUCCAAUCCGGGGGCCUGAAGCAGCCUCCUCAUCAACACUCCAACUGCCAGUUCUGUCCGCUGAGGCGCCAUGCCAGAAACAAGUCCCAGGAGAGGAGUCAAGAAGAACGAGGACGGAGGAGGAGGAGGAGAAGGUGGAGAAGGAUGGAGCAAGGAGUGAAGUCAAGGCUGGGGAAGUGGUUGACUGUCAGGAUUGCAGCCGCGGUUACCGGCAUGUCUGCAAUGGCAGUUCAUCACCUUUUCCUCCAUCAAAGAGAAGAGCGGCGGUGUCCGGAGCUGAUGGCCGUUUCCUAGCUGGUGAUUGGCUCAGAACAGCCCCGGGGGAGCGGGAGGAUGAGGAGGGAUGGGUGGGGGAGGAGCGUAAUCGCCCAAAACAGCAGGAAGGCCUAGAUUAUCACCAUGUUCAUCGCAACCAUCAUCAUCAUCACCACCACCACAAACAAAAACAAAAGCGCACUAACCAACAACGACGACAGCAGCAACAACAGCAGCAUCAGCAGCAAAUCAAGCUCCUGUCCGAACAGGUUGACAAACUAUUAAAACGCCCCGAAAGAAAGGAAGAUAAGGCCGUGAAGUAA